UAUAUAUCUAUGAGCCAAUUCGAAACCAAUUCACAAUCUUAGAUGCCAUUUUAAGAGAGAAGCAAACUCAACUCAAAUCGUUAAUUGGGGACUACUAACAUGUUCAAUGGCUAAAAUCCAAAAAUCAUGGAGUAAAACGAGUAAUGAUGAUAUUUUCUAAUAUUAUAGAUCAUUUCCUUAGAGAUCUACACAACCUAAUAAGUAAGAGCUGCACUUAAUUUAAGCUAUGGGAAUCAAUAAACAAGUUCCUAAUUGUCCCAAUAUCCCCAAUUUAACUACCCAAUUAUGGGCUAAUAAACAUUGAAAGAUCAGGAUCAAUUGGAGCAAAUACAAAAACUGACCAAAGAAAAUGACACCUUGAAGUAAGAGAGACAAUCUAAUUAGGUAUUAGUGGAGAGCACUUGAAUAGGAGAAUCAAAAAUUGAAGAGUGACAAGUAUUUUAAUCUCAUGUAUAAUGUAGUAUUCAAUUAAACACAAGAGACAAAUCAAACACGAAUGAAAUCCAAGAAUUAUAGUAAAAUAAUAUACUAUCUAGCUAGAGAUCAAAUAUUGAUGUUGAAAAAUGAAAAUAAAAGAUUAACAAAUACCAUUUAAGAAGAUCAAUAUUUGUUGAUAGAUUUAUAGAAAAUGAGGAAAUAAGCAGAUUUUAAUAGGGGACUGGAAAAUUAGAUCAAUGAUUUAGAGUAGUAAUACGCAAGUGUUAGCAAAUAACUUCAGGAAUAAAAAAGAUAAAAUGCCUUUUAAGAAUCCGAACUUCAAAAUCAAAAAGAAAUACUUGAAAAGUACAAAGCAUAAGUUAGGGAUCAAACUUUGGGGUAUGAAUAGUAAGUGUAGAAAAAUGAGCAAUUGUUGAGCGAUAAUCGAAAAAUGAAAAUGGCGUUAGAUUCAAUUAACAAAGACUUAAAACAAGAACAAGAGUAAAACUAAAUCUUGAAUCAAAAGUUAACCCAGAUCUCUUCAGGAGCUAAGGAUUAAAUAACUAAUCUGCAAAAGAACUUGUCUAAUCUUAAUUUUUAAAAUGAAUAACUGAAAAAUCAAGUCACUUAAUUAUAGCAAAAGGAGAAGGAAUUGUAAAUAUCUCAAAAUUAGAAUAUUCAGUAGGAAAAUAAAAUCAGAUAGAUGAAUCAACAAUUAGGUGAAUGUAAUUUUAUUAUAUCUAAUAUUUAGAAUAGAAACAAAUUGAAUAGAAUAAUGCCAUGAUUUCAAGCGGAAAAGUGGAAUAUACCAAAUUAGCAACCAAAUGCCAAUCAUAGGAUCAAGAAAUUUGGAAAUUGAAAGAGCAACUUAAUACUAUGACUUAAUAAAAUUCUUUGAUAUCCAAUAAAUGUACUUAGUUGGAAAGGAGUAUGGAAGAUAGUCUCUAGAAAUCCUCAAUGUUGUCAUCAGAUCUCAAAGGAUAAUUGGAAAAGUGGAAAAACUAUGGAACUACAUUGGAAUAGGAAGUAAAGAAAAGAGAAACUGCCAUUGUGAAUUUAGAGAAUGACAUAAUGAAGACAGAAGCUUAAUUAAAGUAGGCGUAGGAAAUGCAGACUCAAUUAAAGAAUGAAAGAACUGUGUAAAUAGGAAAAUUAAAAGAAAUGCAUGCUGACUUAUUGGUUUAUGAGAAAAAGUGUGAUCAAUUGGAAAGGGGUAUUCAAUUAGUAUUAGCCUAGAUAUUAUGACUCUUUAAGCUCAAAUCAAAGGAUCAUAAUAAAAUUAAGACAGAUUGGAACAGGAAAAAGCGAUCCUAACUCAAGAGGUUAAAUAAUUGAUGGAGGAUUUGCGUAGAAUCCAGAACUAAUAUGAUAUAAAAACAAGGGAUUUUGAGUCUUUGCUUUAAAAACAUGAAUAGGAGAGUAAUUUGAGAGAUCGAGACAUAUAGAGUCUGAGAUCUUAAAAUUCUGCUUUGAAUGAGAGGAAUAUGGCUUUGGAACAUGAAUUGGCAAGAGAAAGAGUAACAAUAUUUGUCAUUUGCAUUAGGAAAAAUAAUUACAAUUAGAUUCUAAGAUAAGGUCAUUAGAGAAUGAGAUACAUAAUCUCAAUUUUUAAUAAACUCUUAAGUAGUAGUACUCCUGGAAUACUGAACCUUAGAUGAGCAUAGGAAAUCAGAAGCCACUAUUCACAGAAAUAAGCCAAGGCUAUCAAUCUCCAUAGGCAAAUUAUCAGACACUCAAGUCUCCAGUUUACAAUUAAUCUGGAGUUUAAGUUUAAUCCAAUUAAAAACCUACAGAAGUUUCGAAUUCCGGGCUUGAACAUUAACGUAACAAUUCAUCGCACCAGAUAAAAAGCAAAAAUUACGAUUUGAGAUUCCAAAAUGAACCUUAAAAUUAAUUACAUUGA